CACAACAAUGGCGGACGCUUCAUUUCAAUUCUUCAACAAUGUCUCUCACCCUUCUUCAUCGCCACUACCCUUCCAUCACUUUUUAAAUACUCCUUCAUCUCUCUCUUUCUCUCUCACAUUACUUCCCUCUUCUCCAUUUUCCCCUCACAUACUCUCUCCAAUUUUAGCCCCUCGCCAUGGGAGUUGCUCUUCCUGAUGCUGCCAUGGACGCCGUCCAGAAGCGCCUCAUGUUCGAGGACGAGUGCAUUUUAGUGGAUGAGAAUGACUGUGUCGUUGGUCAUGAAUCCAAGUAUAACUGUCACUUGAUGGAAAAUAUAGAAUCUAAGAACUGGCUGCAUCGUGCUUUCAGCGUCUUUUUAUUCAAUUCCAAAUAUGAAUUGCUUCUUCAGCAACGAUCUGCAACAAAAGUGACAUUUCCGCUUGUCUGGACGAACACUUGCUGCAGUCAUCCGUUGUAUAGAGAAUCUGAACUAAUUGAGGAGGAUGCUCUUGGUGCAAGAAAUGCUGCACAAAGGAAGCUUUUAGACGAACUCGGUAUUCCAGCUGAAGACGUCCCAGUCGACCAGUUCAUUCCCCUCGGUCGCAUGCUAUACAAGGCACCCUCGGAUGGCAAAUGGGGGGAGCAUGAAUUGGACUACCUCCUCUUCAUUGUUCGAGAUGUCAAUGUGAACCCGAACCCAGACGAAGUGGCAGACGUGAAAUACGUGACCAAGGAGCAGUUGAAGGAGCUUCUAAGAAAAGCAGAUGCUGGAGAAGAGGGGUUGAAGCUCUCCCCUUGGUUCAGGCUUGUAGUGGACAACUUUUUGUUCAGUUGGUGGGAUCAUGUGGAGAAGGGGACUCUCAAGGAAGCUGCUGACAUGAAAACAAUUCACAAGUUGACUUAAGAAAAGAAACAAAAAAAAAAUCUCAGAAUUCUUGUUGUUAGUUUAUGAAUCCUUGUCUUCCAUAGCUUGAAUUUUCAAUAAGAUCUGAACUUCAUCUAUGCUUAUUUAUUUUCAGUCUUUUACAGGAAUCUACAAAAUUAUUUUCAUAGAUUUGAAUUGUAAUGUGAAAAUAAGUGCAAGAUUUUGUAACUUAUGGGAAGUUGGGAGUUUUUUUAAUUGGACUAAAGUCUUGAUCGUGACCUUAUUUUAUUCUUC